UGAUCUGAGUUGGAACACAGCGGGCAGUGAAGGGUCCCCUUGUGUUUGCUAUGCCAGCAAGGGACCCAUGGGCUGCCCGGUUCCUGCUCCUUGUCCUUCAACCAGCUCCUCCUUUUUUAAUGCCUACAUGUAGAACUUUUGUUCUGUUUCUCUCCCUCAUGGAAACCACUUUGACAGAUCCGGUGAUGUUUUCCCUUAAAGAGCAGCCGGAGAGACUUUCACACCUCAUCCUUGUUCUGAAUUCCUUUUGACGUUCAAUCUUCUGAGGUGGUCAGAGCCUGGUUUUGAGGUGGUGGUUAUUUUUCGGUGGGAGUGUUGUGUUUGCUGGGUGUCAGAGCAGUGGAGGACUUCGUUUUCUUUAAGUGGAGGAGUGCACCUUUUGUGCUGUGCAACCCCGUUUUCUUGCGAGAGACGGCCUGGGAGCGAGACCGCUGUAACGUGAUCCAGUGCCAGCCAAGGCAAAGAGGAGUGCCUUUUGCUGUUUAACGAAUGCUUUGAUAGAUAACAGCAGACAUGCUUUGUGGGCUGAAAAAGGAUUUGCAGUCUGAUUUUGAUGAUGGGCCUUAUUCAAAAGGAAGCAAAGACUCAGGUGGAUUGGACACCGCCUUGGUCUCAAGAAGGCAAAGUAUACCAGAAGAAUUUAGAGGAGUCACAAUUGUGGAGCUAAUCAAAAAAGAGGGAAGCACCCUUGGGUUAACCAUAGCUGGUGGCACAGAUAAAGAUGGGAAACCAAGGGUCUCUAAUCUAAGGCCGGGAGGACUGGCAGCAAGGAGUGAUCAGCUAAAUGUUGGUGAUUACAUCAAGUCAGUGAACGGGAUUAACUUGACAAAAUUGCGACAUGAUGAAAUUAUAAGUCUAUUGAAGAAUGUGGGAGAAAGGGUAAUAUUAGAAGUAGAAUAUGAGCUACCACUAGCUGCCCCAGAUAAUAGUGCUGGCAUCAUUCCAAAGACCAUUGAAGUUACCCUCUACAAAGAAGGCAAUAGUUUUGGAUUUGUACUACGAGGAGGAGCCCAUGAAGAUUGGCAUAAAUCUAGACCAUUAGUACUAACUUACGUUAGACCAGGUGGCCCAGCAGACAGGGAAGGGUCUUUGAAAAUUGGGGACAGGCUGUUGAGUGUGGAUGGGAUUCCUCUUCACAGUGUAAGUCAUGCUGAUGCACUAAACAUCCUGCGUCAGUGCAGCCAGGAGGCACUCUUCCAGAUUGAGUAUGAUGUCUCCAUAAUGGAUAUGGUAGCCAAUGCUUCAGGCCCUUUGCUAGUGGAAAUUGCAAAGGCUCCCGGUUCUGCCCUAGGAAUCACACUGUCAGUGAACACCCAUCGGAAUAAACAGGUCAUAAUCAUUGACAAGAUCAAGCCGGCUAGUGUGGUAGACAGAUGUGGGGCUCUGCAUGUAGGGGAUCAUAUCCUUUCCAUUGAUGGGACCAGCACAGAGCAUUGCUCCUUGUUGGAGGCCACCCAGCUGUUAGCAGCCACAUCAGAACAUGUCAAGUUAGAGAUACUACCUGCUCACCAUAAUAGACUUCCCCUCAAGCCUCUGGAUACAGUCAAAGUGCAGAAGAGUGACCACCACCAUUGCUGGGAUCCUUGCGUCAGCUACUGCCACACCCACCAUCCAGGACAUUGCAAGACACCUACCUGGAAUCAGACAUCCAGCCAGGACUAUUGUAAAUCUCUUGUAGCUUCCAACUUUGCAUCUCCCACAAUGAACACACCAGGGUUGGCCUGCCAGAAUUCCAAUACUCUACCUCGGAGCAAUCAUCCCAUGAGCCCACGGGCCACGAUGAUGAGGAGAAGACAGAGGAAGAAAGAGCACAAAAGUUCAUUGUCAUUAGCUUCCAGCACUGUGGGUCCUGGUGGGCAGAUUGUUCAUACAGAAACAACAGAGGUGGUUUUAAGAGGAGACCCCUUGAACGGCUUUGGACUGCAGCUCCAGGGUGGGAUCUUUGCUACCGAAACCCUCUCUUCGCCUCCUCUCAUCCGUUUCAUUGAGCCUGACAGUCCAGCAGAAAGGUGUGGCCUACUACAAGUUGGAGACAGAGUACUUUCCAUCAACAGCAUUGCAACAGAAGAUGGGACAAUGGAGGAAGCCAACCAGCUGUUGCGGGACGCAGCACUUACUAAUAAAGUUGUGCUAGAGAUUGAAUUUGAUGUGGCAGAAUCUGUCAUUCCAAGCAGUGGUACUUUCCAUGUGAAACUACCCAAGAAAAGGGGUGUGGAGCUUGGGAUUACCAUCAGUUCAAGCAGAAAGUCUGGUGAGCCUUUAAUUAUCUCUGAUAUCAAGAAGGGGAGUGUAGCACACAGGACUGGCACCUUAGAGCCUGGAGACAAGCUGUUAGCUAUUGAUAAUAUCCGACUUGACAAUUGCUCAAUGGAAGAUGCAGUGCAGAUUUUAAAACAGUGUGAAGAACUUGUCAAAUUGAAGAUCAGGAAGGAUGAGGAUAACUCUGAUGAACAAGAAACCACUGGGGCUAUCAUCUACACAGUGGAAUUGAAGAGAUAUGGUGGACCCCUGGGAAUCACUAUUUCAGGAACAGAGGAACCUUUUGACCCCAUCGUCAUUUCAGGCUUGACAAAACGAGGGCUAGCAGAAAGAACUGGAGCCAUCCAUGUAGGAGAUCGGAUAUUAGCUAUUAAUAAUGUCAGCCUUAAAGGGAAGCCCCUGAGUGAAGCCAUUCAUCUACUCCAAAUGGCUGGAGAGACAGUAAUGCUGAAGAUCAAAAAGCAGACCGAACGGACUUUUCCACAAAAAUCUGGGAGCAUGAAUGAGGUCAGUGACCUAGAGGAUGAUCUGGCUGAUUCUCAGAAAACUAGCAAGCUCUCCGAGGUGUAUUCUACCACAAUCCCUAGUGUGGAUAGUGCCAUGGAAUCCUGGGAUGGUUCGGGUAUUGAUACAGGCUACGGAAGCCAAGUAGGUACCUACUUGCCUCAGGCUGUUGGCAUUGCUCUUCACCCCCAUCAAUGGAGAUCCAGCAGGCAGAAGAGCAGCACUCCUCCUGGAGAUCCCAGGAAGAGCUACCCUUUCAUGCAUGGCAGCUUCAGCGAGGAAGACUGGGAGAAGCACAGCAGAUAUCCCACCCGCCAAAAUGGCCUUGAGAUGCCACAUGAGGAUAAUUUUUGGAGCGUUUUUGGAGAAGCUUUGGAGGACUUGGAAACAUGCGGCCAGUCUGAACUUUUGAGGGAGAUUGAGGCAUCCAUCAUGACUGGGAGUGUACAUAAUCUGAGCCUUGAUGGGGGCAAGUUGCCCAGGAACUCUGUAAACCAGUCAGGACUGAGCCCAGCAAGGAAAAGUAACCCCAAGAGCUCAGGUGAAGGGCAGAACAACAGCAGUGUGACCCCUACCAAGAAUGACAAGAACUUGGAGAUCAAGAUGAUAAAGGAUGAGAUUCAAGAAAUCAUGUCUCCAACUCCUCUUGAGCUGCAUAAGGUGACGAUUUACAAGGAUCCCGAGACUGAAGACUUUGGGUUCAGUGUCUCUGAUGGCUUGCUAGAAAAAGGUGUCUAUGUGAAUAUGAUCCGUCCAGGUGGGCCAGCUGACCAAUGUGGACUCAAGCCUUACGACAGAGUCCUCCAGGUGAAUUGCAUCCGUACAAGGGACUUUGAUUGCUCCCUGGCUGUUCCUCUGAUAUCUGAGGCUGGAAAUAAACUGGACCUUGUAAUCAGUCGAAAUCCCCUGGCUUUCAUUGCCAACACUUGUCUACAGGAGCCAAGAAGUUUUCCAAACCAGCAGUCGGUUGGAGGGGAGGUGAAGACAAGCGCACAGACACUCUGAAGAAUGGGUGGGUUCGGUGUCAGCUGUUCUCAAAGUUCUGUGGGGGCAAAGGAAUUAAUGAGUGUAUGUUGUGUGUUGCGUGAGGGUUUUUGUUUUGGUUGUUUUCAUUUUUCUUUUGCACUUGUAUUUAUGCUUAAUCUGUGUAAUGUCAGUUGCUGUGAAUAAAUGUUUCCUCUCCCCCAACCAGUCACAUUUUGAAGCCAACGCAACUUGGCUUUGAAGGAUCAAGCUGAGAUGGAUUAAACUAGUAAGGGAUGGAGUUGGCUGCUGACAGCAACACCCAGAAUAAUUCACCUACAGGAGAACAUCCUUACUCAUGAUAUGAGUGUCUCCAAUGCAUGGGAUGAUAGGGCACCAACUUCUCUUCCCCAGUCUUGAAGGACUUGGAUACAUGGUGCUGUUUUAGUUUGCUUUGUUUAAUCAUGUAAAGUUAAUCUUAAAAUGGAUCCCCUCAUUUUUUGUGAAACACCCCUACAACAUCCCUUGAGCCGUUUCUCCCAUUCCCCUGCACACUUUCACAGAUCACUGUGUCACACGUCCCUUUGAAACUAAAAGCACGUUUUACUUUUGGGUUUAAUUUAAAAGGCAACAAGUUGAUCACAGAAGAUGAAGCUCUGACAAAUACCUUCCCCUUAAUGUCUGAGGCAUUUAUUCUUUGGGAGGUAGCAGAAAUACUUUUUAACUUCAAAAUACUGUCUAGCUUAGUUUCUUACUAAGUUUCUUACUCUCCAUCCACUCUACCAUUUCUUGAAAGCACUUAUUGUAGAGUGUUACAUGGAGAAGAUGAAGCUCUGGGACUGCCCUUUUCUUUGUGGGCACACACACAGCACCAAAAUUGUUCCUUGAUGCCCUCCCUGUAUAUGCUUGUGAGUAGGCAGCUGAACACAGAUCACUUGCAUCAAACUCUUGUCUCACCCUUAAAGUUCUGUGUGGUGGUGGUGGUGGUGGGAGGAACCUUUGUUACUCUAUAGCAUGAGACACUGUCUCUAGAUUGGUAUCGUACCUCCAAGUACAUCCUCUGUGGGUUGCUUCAGUGCAAGUCAAAAUGUGUAUGUUUGUUUAAUCCCAUGAUAAUGUUUGACACCUUGUUGUAAUCUACCAGUAGCAGCAGCCCUGUAUUUUUCAAUAAUUACCAUUUUUCCUAUGACUUGUGAGCAUGAUGCCUUUGUGAACCAGGACCCUGCAUCAGCUUCCCGAGUCAAAUCCUAUUGUUGUGCUGUCGGGUGUGAUAUUCACAUUCUUUCAAUUAUCUGCCUACAGUUAACAGUCGCAAAAGAGGCCAUGAUUUCUUCAUUUCAAAGGGGGAAAAUGCCAGGAUUUGUGGUCUCUCCCUGGUUAGUCCAGUUGCCUAUGCUGGUGGGUUCUGGACAGCACUUUAUUGUGACUAUUUAAAUUGACCCUUUCUUGGGAACUUAGUCCUUGAAUGGGAAAACUGGCUCCUCUCUUCCUUUCUAAUGGCUUUAAUUUUGUUGUGUUAUUUUCUACUGUUUUGAUCCAUAUUGAGACACCAUGUUUUGGUCAAGACUGGAAACACCCGUUAGAUGAGUGCUGAUCCAAGACACAUUUCUGGUCUGAACCCAGUCCAAGCUGUGAGCAUAUAUAUCUGUUUUGCUAUUUCACAGCACUGCUAUUUCAGUGACUUUCUUAAGGUGUGCAUGAGUCUCUCAUCAGGCUGUCUCUAGUUGUAGCCAUUCUCUCUUCUCAAAGUAUGCAAUAUUCCAUACCAUUGCUGCCAUAACCUAGAUAAUGUGCCAUAAAAAAAACAAAAAAGUAUUGAUGGAUGUGUGGAAAAUGGGGGUUUUAUAUGCAAUAUUCUCAUAAUUGGCAGAAGCUCCAUGUGGCUUCAAUUAGGUUUUUAAUGAAGACUUUUAAUAAGGCUUUAAAAAUGGUCCUUGUAUCCCUUCCUAUGCAUUUUGAAUGAUAUAAAAAUGAAAUGCAUUAAAUGUGUAUUUUUAUCCAUAUAUUAAGAGUGUAUUCCUGUAAAGUAUUUUUAUAUGCUAAUUUUCUUAUGUAUCUAUGAAAGCACAAUAUUCAAAGAAUAUUUUAGUCCUGUUUUGGACCUAUUUGUAAAUCUAUGUAUUUAAAUGGUAUUGCA